GCAGCCUCCCGAGCCGACCCGGUACGAGAUAUCCGUUGCGAGUUUUGCGGCGAAUAUUUCGAGAACCGCAAAGGUUUGUCGAGUCACGCUCGAUCCCACCUCCGCCAGAUGGGGGUGACCGAGUGGUCGGUUAACGGUUCACCCAUCGACACCUUACGGGAGAUCCUCAAGAAGAAAACCAAACCUUGCGUUAUCAAGAAAGAACCUCACACUUCCAGCAUUGAACCUCCUAAAUCUUUCGGGGAGGAAGGGACGGAUCCCAAAUCCCCUGGGAAAAUCCUCCAGGGAAUGGCUCUGCCUCCUCUGGGCGGGCGGACGGGGAAACCCAACCCCGGUAGUUCCACUUUGAACCGGGAGAUCUCAUUGUCACCUCUCACCAGCAAACCCCAAGGUGGUUUCCUGACGCCGUUAUCCGCCAAACGACCGUUACCGGAUGAUCGGUUGGGUCCUCACGCCGAAGUCAAGCACAAGGCGUACAUCCAAACCGAGCUGCCUUUCAAAACCAAAUCCGUGCACGACAAACCUGCGCACACGUCCGGCGAAGAUUGCUGCGAGCUGUGCGGCCUCUACUUCGAAAACCGCAAAGCCCUGGCCAGCCACGCGCGGGCGCAUCUCCGGCAAUUCGGCGUCACCGAAUGGUGCGUUAACGGUUCACCCAUCGAGACCCUGAGCGAAUGGAUCCGACAUCGACCUCAAAAAGCCGGCGCUUACCGGAGUUACAUCCAAGGCGGGCGGCCCUUCACCAAGAAAUUCCGUAACUCUUCCCACGCCCGGGAUCACGACGGCGGGGGCGGCGCUCGCCGGAUGCCUCUCAGCCUUCAAGCCAGUGGUGUGACCCUUCUGAGUAAAGGGUUAACAGGAGAUUUGGCUCACGGUGACGCUGGAAAAAUUUUGGAUGGGGGAAGCAGCGGUGAGCGGCCCAUGAUCACUUCUCCUCUCUCGUUGGUGAAGUUGGAGGAACAUCAACGCUCCAACAUCAACAAGUUUGAGCGGAGGCAGGCGAGACCCCUGGACGCUCCCCUCCACCGGGAAGAAGAAGGAGCCGAAUUCCAGCAGAAAAUGGAGGAGACGCGGCAACCGCCGCCACGGAUGAGGCCGGUGCCUUCCCUGGUUCCUCGUCCGCCGCAAACCUCUUUGGUGAAGUUUGUGGGGAACAUCUACACCCUCAAAUGCAGGUUCUGCGAGGUGGAAUUCCAAGGUCCCCUCUCCAUCCAGGAGGAAUGGGUUCGACAUCUCCAACGACACAUCCUGGAAAUGAAUUUUUCCAAAGCGGAUCCU